UCAGAGACACCAGCAAACCGAGAACCGUUGACAAGCAUCGUUAUCCUCACCGCACCAGCAGCAAAACCCAAAUAUAAUCCAAAAUAUGACAUUCUUAACGAUACAGCAGAAACAAACCGUUAUUUGACAACUUCUGACAAUCGAUUUACAGUCCGUUAGACGCACGUAGCUGUAAAAGUCCUUUCCAUCGCCAGCCCAUUGGCUGGCCUCCUCCUGCUCAGUAGCCAUGAUGCUUAGCAGCUCUGUCGAGGUGCCCAGUCCCGGCCAUGGCGGCAUGUCCGGUCUCUCCGUGAUGAGGGCGGCAGCGUCGGGGAACGUCGUCCGGUCCUCCAGUAUCUCGGGAGCCGUGUACAGCCUGGAGAAGAGUCCCGGCAGUGGCGGCGGGCCGGGAGAGGCGGGAAUGCUGACCGGGAACAAAAAGAGACGAUCCAGCCUUGGAGCUAAGAUGGUGGCCAUUGUGGGGCUGUCGCAGUGGAGCAAGAGUACCCUGCAGCUCAACCAGCAAGAAGAACGAGUGAAGAAGCUGCGCGGUACGAUCCGACGGAGCACGGAGACGGGCAUCGCUGUGGAGAUGAGGAACCGGGUCACGCGCCAGGGCAGCAAGGAGUCCACCGACGGCAGCACCAACUCCAACAGCUCAGACGGAACGUUCAUCUUCCCCCCUACUCGCAUGGGUCCAGAAAGCCAGUUCAGUGACUUCCUGGAUGGACUAGGCCCCGCACAGAUCGUAGGCCGACAGACACUAGCCACACCCUCCAUGGGUGACGUCCAUGUGGGUAUGGUGGACAGAGGAGGCCAGCUAGAGGUGGAGAUCAGCCAGGCCAGAGGUUUGACCCCUAAACCAGGGUCAAAGAACAUCCCAGCGACCUACGUGAAGGUGUAUGUGUUGGAGAAUGGGGCGUGUCUGGCUAAGAAGAAGACCAGAGUGGUGAAGAAGACUCUAGACCCUUCCUACCAACAGGCCUUGCUGUUUGAAGAGAGUCCUCAGGCCAAAGUCCUCCAGGUGAUUGUGUGGGGUGACUAUGGGCGGAUGGACCACAAGUGCUUCAUGGGCAUGGCUCAGAUCAUGCUAGAUGACUUGGACCUUGGUGCCACGGUGAGCGGAUGGUACAAGCUGUUUCCCACCUCGUCUCUGGCUGACCCCAGCAUCGGACCUCUCACACGGCGACUGUCCCAGUCCUCACUGGAGAGCUGUGCCACCAGCCCCUCCUGUACCUAGACAGAGAGAACUAUAUAGCAUCAGCACACACACACACACACACACACACACACACACACACACACACACACACACACACACACACACACACACACACACACACACACACACACACACACACACACACUCAGCAUGCAGUUAUAAACGCUGAAACACAGUCAGACGUGUAUACAUGCAGGCUUCUGAAUACACACACACACACACACACACACACACACACACACACACACACACACACACACACACACACACACACACACACACACACACACUCAAACACUCUGACCCUCAGAUCCAUCCCCAUAACUACAUAAGAUAACAUGAUUUACCAGAACAUAGCAUUCUAGUAGCAUUACUUACUCCCCAAUAUCCCCGUCCCCCGUCCCCCUGUCCCAAUCCCCCGUCCCCUGUCCCCGUCCCCUGUCCCCGUCCCCGUCCCCUGUCCCCUGUC